CGUGAGCGAGUGCGCCCGGCGACAGGACGGACGCUGCGCGCGAGGGAGGGGGAGCUUCGGGCCAACAUGGCGGCGGUGGCGGCAGCGAUGGCGGAUGCAGCGGCGAGCAGGACGCCGGCGGCUGCGGAGGAGGAGGAGGACGACGGGGGCUUCGGGGACGGGGAGCGGCUAGAUUUCCUCAAGGAGAGGCACGUCCGCUUCUUCCAGCGCUGCCUUCAGAUUCUGCCGGAGCGGUAUUCCUCCCUGGAGACCAGCAGGUUAACAGUUGCCUUUUUUGCACUUUCUGGUCUGGAUAUGUUGGAUUCCUUAGAUCUGGUGAACAAAGAAGAUAUAAUAGAGUGGAUUUAUUCUCUGCAGGUCCUUCCGACAGAAGAUAGAUCCAACAUGCAUCGCUGUGGAUUCCGUGGUUCUUCAUAUUUAGGAAUGCCAUUCAAUCCAUCCAAGGGGCCUGGUAUUUCUCAUCCCUAUGAUAGUGGGCACAUAGCAAUGACUUACACUGGCCUUUGCUGCUUAGUUAUUCUUGGCGAUGACUUAAGCCGAGUAAAUAAAGAAGCCUGCUUGGCAGGACUCAGAGCACUCCAGCUGGAAGAUGGAAGUUUUUGUGCGGUCCUCGAAGGAAGUGAAAAUGACAUGAGAUUUAUAUACUGUGCUGCUUGUAUAUGCUACAUGCUGAAUGACUGGUCAGGGAUGGAUAUGAAGAAAGCCAUAGAUUAUAUUAGAAGAAGCAUGUCCUAUGAUAAUGGACUUGCUCAAGGAGCUGGACUUGAAUCUCAUGGUGGCUCUACAUUUUGUGGUAUUGCAUCACUGUGCCUGAUGGGUAAACUUGAGGAAGUCUUCUCUGAGAAGGAACUUGACAGGAUAAGGAGAUGGUGCAUCAUGAGGCAACAAAAUGGUUACCAUGGACGGCCAAACAAACCUGUGGAUACAUGUUACUCAUUUUGGGUUGGAGCAACUCUUAAGCUUCUGAAAAUCUUUCAGUAUACAAAUUAUGAAAAGAACAGAAAUUAUAUUUUAUCAACCCAAGAUCGCCUUGUUGGUGGAUUUGCCAAAUGGCCAGAUAGUCAUCCAGAUGCUACAUCAAUUCUAUACAUGAUUACUCUGAAGUAAAUCCCACUGAAUUGAGAUGGCCUUCUUUCAAGAUGAGUAGAGCUGCAGUGAACAUUAUCUUCCAAGAAGGCUUCAAUUUGGUUUUGAGUUGCUUUUCCUUCCCAACCUGCUGCGUAUUUAUUGCAUGUGUGGCUGUGUGCUUGGGAUUCUUCCUCAUAAAUAUGUAAUAGCAGGUUGAACAUUAUGCAUGAAAUAUUUAUAUUGGUCUACAUAUUUAACCCAUAUUUCUGGCAUGAACUUUCUCUUGCAUGGUAUAUGGAUCUUUCAGGAGAGUUGCUGAAAGGAUAAAUCAUGCAGUAGGCAUCAUUUUCAGCUCUAGAAAUAUGACAGCAUUUUUCUUCAUUGUGUAUAUAAUCCUGAGAACUAUGCAACACUGGUUCAAAAUCUUUUUCCAAAGCUUUGAUUACAAACUUCUGUGAAAUAUAUUCCCAGUUUGCAUUUGGGUGGCCUGUCAUGAAUAUGAAAGUUGCAUUGGCAAUCAGUAGAAAUUACAUUAUAUAUUGUUUUCCUUAAAUGUAUAUUUCAUUUUCCCAUAAAACUGGAGGAAGGAGAGACGGAUAGGAUUAAUUUGGCUUUAUUGUUGAUGCUACUCCAAGCAUCUUCCAAAGGCCUUUCCUCUGAAACAGGAAUAGUUGAUGUAAAAUUAAUAAACUGCUAAUGUGAAAGCACUUAGAUACCAAAUGAUCUGGACAUAGAAACAUAAAAUAUUUUCUCUUAAUGCAAGUGGUAGAACAAAAGCCCAUUCCAUUACUGCAUUUUCACCCCCAGGCAGAUAUUGUAAUAAAUAAGAUUUACAGUUUUUUGAAAAAAUUGGCUCUGCUGGAUCAGGAUGUACUGGGUUUAUGAAAAUUAGAUGCAUAUGAGAUACUUUAUAGUCUUGCUUGAUACAUUCUCAGAUCACUUUUGGCCAUGGCUUUUUUAAUUUCCAGAAGAACAACUACAUUAGUCUGUUGUGGAAUAAAUGUGUUGUGAAGAUACAAUUGUGGGAGGGCCAAGGGCCACUUUUCAGGCUGGCCAAAUGCUUGAGAUGAUGAUGACAAUGAUUAUUAUGUUUAUGCAUACUCUGCUUUUUCUCUCCACAAGGAGAGUAGGAGCCACACAUUUUUUGUUUGGGUUUUUACAAACUUUGUUAUUUAAAACUUUUCUUUGCAGAAGGCAUAACUGAGACACAUUGCACAACAACAGAAAUGUGUCUUUGUUACCUUUUUAAUGUUAGACUUUUGUUACUUUUUUGAAUGUUAGCAAAAUAAAGUGGCCCACCAUUCACAAAUAAUCACAUUAAUUUUUAUUUGUUAAAAUUAUUCAUUUCACCAAACUGAUUAUUUCUCAGCAUAAGAAUGACUCCGAUAUAGUUGUUAUAAUAAAAUUUCUUGGUAUUAAAAUUAA